UGACCUGCAGUUCUGGUCUCCCACCGCGCGGGGGCGCCUGCUGCGGUGUAUGGAGGCGGAUGACGUUUUGUUUAUUUCAGUUUACUUCCUGUUUCUGCAGCUCAUCGCGGUAAAACGUUUAUAUCUUCUACAUCGCCUCAUUCUGCAGAACUCUGGGCUAAGUUCUGGUUCCAACCCACUUCUCUAGAGCUCCAGGUUGUCGCAGGCACGCACAGAGUCUGCUCCGAACCGGAGAACGCCCUCAGCCAUGGAAUCGGAGAACCCAGGAGUAGCAGACGGAACCGAACCUGCAGUUGAAUCCAACGAGCAUGAUUACGCACACACCGCGGACACAACCGAACCUGAGGCAGGCGGAACGCUACAGCCCCCCGAACUCCCACAGUUGGAGCUCCCAGAACCCGUCCUCGGUGCAGAAGUGGACUGCCCCGGAGGCACCGAACCGAACCCUCACAACGAGGACGAGCCUGCUGUGAGCUGCGCUGAGGCGGUACCGCGAGGCGGUUCGCGGCGGUCCAGACGGCCGGAGGACCGUAACUGCUGCUGCUGCCGGCUGCUGUUCCAGCGGCAGGGCCGCUCCCUUAACCGCAGAGCGGUGUUCACCUUCACUACCCCGGACACCGUCCGCUGGGUCUUCCCGGACUCCGAGGUCCACGAAAAGUCCUUCUUGUGUGAAACCUGCGCCCAGAUUAUCCGAACCAAGGGCAAGCGCAAACAGAGCGGGAAGCGCUCGCUGUGGGUCAAGCCGCCCGAGGUCAGGAAGGCAAAGGUGUCGCCGGCGCCGGGCCGCAGGAUGGGCAAGAAGAGCAAAGCGGCGCUGCUAGUUAGCAAGUCCAGCUACAAGGCGGCGCUGCAGAUGCUCUGGUCGUCCAAAGGCGCCCGGAAGCCCAUGCUGGAGUUCUGGAGCAAGCAGCUGCGGACCGAGAUGAAGGUUCUGGCCCGGCGGACAGACAGUCCCUUCCAGCAGAAGGUGUCGGACCGGAAGCCGCUGUCCUCCUUCCCGUGGCGGCACUGCCUGAGCUGGGCCCAGCAGAACGCGCCGCUGGUCACCGCCUGCCUGCGCGCCAUGUUCCCCGACAUCAACACACUGUACCGGAGCAGCCACAGCCAGCUGACGGAGGAUCAGGCCAUCACGCUGCUGGAGCGCCGCGCCGUGGUGGCGCUCGCCAUCCCGCUUUUCACCAGGAACAUCUGGAGGAACAACUUCCUGCAGGCAGCGCUGGGGGCGGAGCUCCGGCUGCAGGGCUGCACCGGAUCCGUCCUGGACGCGCUCAACACCAUGGGGCUGUGCCAGAACAAGGACACGGUCCGGCUGCUGGUGCACCGGCUGUGCAACGGCAAAGACCUGGACGGGGAUCCAGGUCUGAUCCUGAAACACGAGCAGCUCAAGGAUGAAAUGGAGGAAGAGACGACAGACGAAGAAGAGGAAGAGGAGCAGGAGGAGGAGGAUGAAGAGGAAGAUGAGGAAGAGGAGCAGGAGGAGGAGAUGGUGAUGGCGGUGGAGGAGGAAGUGGAGCAGGAAGAAGUUCAGGAUGGACUGCAGGAGGAAGAGGAAGAUGCGGUUGUGAUGGAGAAAGAGGAGCGGAGGAGGAGGAAGAGGGCGAGGAAGAUGAGGAGGGAAAAGAGGAAGGAGCGACGGGUUGUCUUCCUUCCUUGUGUUCUGCCUCUGUCCUCUUCCUUCCUGUUUAAGACCGCCUGCUGA